CAACCAGCCAACCAAAAGUUUAACAUCACAUUUUGCCAUCACUCUCGCAUCUUUCGUAUAAGUUUUCAGCAUACGUUUCAACGUUUUACAAAAAGAUAUGACAUGUGAUGGUGUUUUAACAUUUUGGAUAUUUUUAUUUUUAUCUUUGAUUUUUUACAACAAUAUUGAGUUAACAAAUGGUGGUCGUCCCGAUGAACUGCACAUAGGCGGUAUAUUUCCCAUAGCCGGCAAGGGAGGAUGGCAGGGUGGACAGGCGUGUAUGCCAGCCGCAAGAUUGGCAUUGGAUGAUGUAAAUAUAUCACCCAAUUUAUUACCCGGCUUUCGUCUCAUCUUACACAGUAAUGACAGUGAGUGUGAACCUGGUCUGGGUGCCAGCGUAAUGUACAAUCUACUCUAUAAUAAACCACAAAAACUCAUGUUAUUGGCCGGUUGCAGUACCGUCUGUACAACAGUUGCCGAAGCCGCAAAAAUGUGGAAUCUCAUAGUGCUAUGUUAUGGCGCCUCAUCACCUGCAUUAUCCGAUCGUAGCCGUUUUCCUACAUUAUUUCGUACCCAUCCCUCGGCUACGGUACAUAAUCCCACUAGAAUUAAGUUAAUGAAAAAAUUCGGUUGGUCACGUGUGGCCAUUUUGCAGCAGGCCGAAGAAGUUUUCAUAUCGACCGUUGAAGACUUAGAAAAUCGUUGCAUGGAAGCAGGAAUUGAAAUCGUUACAAGACAAUCAUUUUUAUCCGAUCCAAACGAUGCGGUGCGUAAUCUGCGGCGUCAGGAUGCCCGCAUUAUAGUGGGACUGUUUUAUGUGGUGGCAGCGCGUCGAGUGCUGUGCGAGAUGUACAAGCAGCAGUUGUAUGGUCGAGCGUAUGUGUGGUUUUUUAUAGGAUGGUAUGAGGACAAUUGGUAUGAAGUGAAUUUAGAAAAUGAAGGCAUUACUUGCACGGUGGAGCAAAUGCGUUUAGCGGCAGAGGGUCAUUUGACAACAGAAGCUUUAAUGUGGAAUCAAAACAAUCAAACCACCAUAUCGGGCAUGACGGCAGAGAAAUUUAGGCAACGUUUAAAUCAUGCCCUUGUAGAGGAAGGCUACGAUAUUAACAAUGAUCGUUAUCCGGAGGGCUAUCAGGAGGCUCCAUUGGCCUACGAUGCUGUGUGGAGUGUGGCCUUGGCAUUUAAUAAAUCCAUGGAGAAACUGAGACUACGCAACAAAUCUCUUAGGGAUUUCACAUACAACGACAAAGAAAUUGCUGAUGAAAUUUAUGCCGCCAUGAAUUCAACACAAUUUUUAGGAGUUUCCGGUGUUGUGGCAUUCAGCUCUCAGGGAGAUCGUAUUGCUUUAACACAAAUUGAACAAAUGAUAAAUGGAAGAUAUGAGAAAUUGGGUUACUAUGAUACCCAAUCGGAUAAUCUAACCUGGUCGAAUAUGGAACGAUGGAUAGGUGGAAAGGUUCCUCAAGAUCGUACUAUAGUUAGACGUGUCUUACGCACUGUAUCGCUGCCAUUAUUUGUCUGUAUGUGUACAAUAUCUAGUUGUGGCAUAAUUGUAGCUUUAGCUCUAAUUAUAUUUAAUAUUUGGAAUAAACAUAGAAGAGUUAUACAAUCAUCACAUCCUGUAUGUAAUACCAUCAUGUUAUUUGGUGUCAUCAUCUGUUUAUCAUCCGUCAUAUUAUUGGGUAUGGAUGGACGUUUUGUAGAUCAAGAAGAAUAUCCAAAAAUCUGCCAGGCCAGAGCUUGGCUUUUAUCCACCGGGUUUACUUUAGCUUAUGGUGCCAUGUUUAGCAAAGUAUGGCGUGUACAUCGAUUUACUACUAAGGCGAAAAGAGAUCCCAAAAAAAAAGUUGAACCUUGGAAACUUUAUUCCAUGGUUACCGGCUUACUUUCCGUAGAUUUAAUACUCCUAUUAGCCUGGCAAAUAUUUGAUCCGUUACAAAGGAUUUUAGAAACAUUUCCUUUAGAAGAUCCCAUUUCAACGACUGAUGAUAUUAAAAUACGUCCAGAGUUGGAGCAUUGUGAGAGUGAAAAGAAUUCCAUGUGGCUGGGCCUUGUUUAUGGUUACAAGGGUUUAAUAUUGGUCUUUGGCCUUUUUCUGGCUUACGAAACGCGCUCAAUAAAAGUUAAGCAAAUAAACGAUUCGCGUUAUGUGGGCAUGAGCAUUUACAAUGUGGUGGUGUUGUGUUUAAUUACGGCACCAGUGGGUAUGGUCAUCGCCUCACAACAGGAUGCUUCAUAUGCAUUUGUGGCAUUGGCUGUGAUAUUUUGUUGUUUCUUAAGCAUGUUGCUGAUAUUUGUGCCAAAGGUUAUUGAAGUUAUACGCCAUCCUAAGGAUAAAGCUGAAUCGAAAUAUAAUCCCGAUUCGGGUAUAUCGAAAGAAGAUGAAGAACGUUAUCAAAAGCUGGUAACGGAAAAUGAAGAAUUACAACGACUGAUAGCUCAAAAAGAGGAAAAAAUCCGCUUACUACGGCAACGUUUAGUGGAACGAGAAUCACAAAUGAAAACCUCAGAAGCCAAUGGCUGUGGCAUGACAGCCGCAGGCAGUAGUAGUAAUUCACAUAUGCAACAACAGCAAAUACCCGCCGCCACAGCAGCCACUAGUACCUCAUUAUCGGUACAUUCCACUGCAACGUCCUCACAUCUAACACCCGCCGCAACACUAGCAAUAACACAAGAUACACACGAUCAUCAUACAUGAAAAAACGUGUCAAUUUCCUUUACGUGAUAGGUAAAUUUUUAAUUAAAAUUUUAGUUUUUAGACAAAUAAAUUUAAUCUAAAAACUAA